CUUCAGAAAAAGAGGCGGUUUCUGUUACAGGAUGUUUUUUCUGCAUAAGAGAACGUGUGAGGUCUUAGUCACUGCAGCAUCGUGGGAGUGCUUCAGAGAAUACAAGCAGAUCAGAGUUCCUCUCGCAGCACACGGUCGACGCAGUCCGCCGGAGGAGCUCAGAGCUUCUAGAAGGUGCACGAGGGAAAGCCUCGAGGCGAGUUCACGGUCUCGGUAGCAAGAACGUCAAGAUGAGAGCGCGCUGGAUGUUCAUGGUGCUCCUGAGCUGCGGGUCAUAUCAUGUCAUUAAGACCCUGGACGACUGCAAGGGCUCAGUCAAAGCAGAAUGCGUGCCUGUCGGGGGAGAGGUGUCCGUGCCCUGUCCAAAUGUGACGGGCGAGGACGUGAUCAUCCACCUCUACAAGGACCAUACAAGGAUUUGCAACCACCAGUGCACCGAGGCCGGCAUGAAGCUGCGCCAUGACAAUCAAUCCUACACGCUCACUGUGGUGAAUUCCAGCAGCAAUGGAAUAUACGGAUGUCAGAGCAUAGCCAUGUUCCCGCCGCCCCUCACCAAAACUACUCUGUGCAUCUUGGUGCUCGUGGAUGGACACCAAUGCACCGGCCCAGAGCAGCCCUGCAGGACGAGUGGGGAUCAGUGCGAUGGAUUCCUAUGGAUUUGGAUUCUGGGGCUUGUGCUUCUUUGCAGCUACAGUGUAAUAAUCACCAUCAUCGCCAGCAUCAUCUGGGUCAAGUGGAGGUCAUUGAACUGCCAGAACGACUACAUGAACACCAAACCCAAAGCACAUAAGGACCAGAGGAAGAAGAGGGGGGGGGUUCAAAUCCCGAUUUGCCGUCACUUCUGACCCCCCCGGCGUCUCAUCACCACGUGCACGGCCGUCGUCCUCAUCAAGCGUUGUCACAAGUGAAGCUUUGUUCUUUUGUACCGUCAAUACUGGUUGUCAUGUGCCUACACGGCAAAAAUGAGUAGUUUCUCCUUUGGCAGUUGUGGUUUUAUGAAACAUUAAAAAAAAGAAAAAAAAAUGUACCCAACUUCCUGUUUCGCUUACACAGAUUUUCAAAUGGAUCCCCUCUUUGUGGUUGAAACAGAAGUGGGUGUCUGAAUGAGGGGAUUUAACCACAGUUGUGGGGUUUAGUGGGCUUGUGAACCCACGUGGUGACACGCGAAGUCCGUCACUGGUCUCUGGAAUGAAGAAAUAAAAAAAAAAACAA